CCAUUCGAAUGUGCAGUUGUGUACGGCUCGACAUAUUUACGCCGAGGUUUUCCCCCGAUCCGCCACUAGGGGUCGGGACCGCGUCGCCGGUGGGCCGCUUGAAUAUUAUUAAAAAAAAAAAAAAAAGGCUAGCAAGAAUCUUCGUAGCAGCGGGCGGUUCACGGCUCACGGCUCACGGCAAGGAUGUGGACGGUCCCUUCCUGUUCGACGGGCACCGCGGCUCCGCGGCGCAGGAAAGACGAGCGGGCCGAAGGCGAAGACGUCGGAACCCGGGCGGGGCUCGCCCCCCACGCGGACGCGCUUUUCUCAGCGUGCGGCGCUCGCUGCUAAAAGCUUUAGCGGGGCCUGCCUGCCUGCCUGCCUGCCUGCCUGCUUUCUUUUCUCCUCGCCGAUCCCGUCGAAGUCUGCCAAUGCGGUCUCAUGGCGGAGACCAAAAUCAUUUAUCACAUAGACGAGGAGGAGACUCCCUAUCUGGUCAAACUGGCCGUUUCCCCCGACAAAGUCACCUUAGCCGAUUUCAAAAAUGUCCUCAACAAUCGACCCGUGCACAGCUACAAGUUCUUCUUCAAAUCCAUGGACCAGGAUUUCGGGGUUGUCAAAGAAGAGAUUUCCGAUGACAACGCCAAGCUGCCUUGCUUCAACGGCCGAGUGGUGUCCUGGUUGGUACUAGCAGAAAGCGCCCACUCUGAUGGAGGAUCGCAGUGCACGGAGAGCCAUCCAGAGCUGCCCCCUCCCCUCGAAAGAACGGGCGGCAUCGGGGACUCCCGGCCCCCUUCCUUCCACGCCAACGCGGUGAGCAGUCGCGACUGCCUGGAUACCGAGACGGGCACCGAGUCCCUCCUGAGCCACCGGCGCGAGCGUGAAAGGGAGCGCGCCCGAAGGAGAGCUCGAGAAACUGAGCUCCCGCGGAUCAACGGCCACUCCAAAUCGGAGCGUACGGCGAGGGACUCGGCCAUGGGCUACGACAGCACCUCCGUGAUGAGCAGCGAGCUGGAGUCCAGCUCCUUUGUCGACAGCGAAGAAGAUGAAAACGCAAGCAGGCUCAGCAGCUCGACAGAACACAGCACCUCCUCGCAGCUGAUGCGCAGGCACAAGCUCCGCCGACGAAGGCACAAAGUGGCCAAAAUAGACCGGUCUUCCUCCUUCAGCAGCAUCACCGACUCCACCAUGAGCCUCAACAUCAUCACCGUCACCCUUAACAUGGAGAAGUACAACUUUCUGGGCAUCAGUAUUGUGGGGCAGAGCAACGACCGCGGCGACGGCGGCAUCUACAUCGGCUCCAUCAUGAAAGGCGGCGCCGUGGCUGCCGACGGCAGGAUCGAACCGGGUGACAUGCUCCUGCAGGUGAACGACGUCAACUUUGAGAACAUGAGCAAUGACGACGCCGUGAGGAUCCUGAGAGAGAUCGUUUCCAAAACUGGUCCCAUCAGUCUGACGGUUGCCAAAUGUUGGGAUCCGUCUCCUCGGAGCUACUUCACCAUCCCUCGUGCAGCCGAGCCGGUGAGACCCAUCGACCCCGCCGCCUGGAUUUCGCACACCACCGCCCUGACGGGCCCGUACCCCCACUACGAGUUUGACGAUUUGCCUCUGUUGACGAGCAAAACGGACAUGGCGACCGUGGUCAAGAUCAUGCAGUUGCCGGACUCCGGCCUGGAGAUCCGGGACAGGAUGUGGUUGAAGAUCACCAUCGCCAACGCUGUCAUUGGCGCCGACGUGGUGGACUGGCUCUACUCCCGGGUGGAGGGCUUCAAGGACCGGCGGGACGCCAGGAAGUAUGCGAGCAGUCUGCUGAAACACGGCUACCUGAGACACACGGUCAACAAGAUCACCUUCUCCGAGCAGUGCUACUACACCUUCGGGGACCUCUGCCAAAACAUGGCCUCGCUCAAUUUAAACGAGGGCGGCUCCAGCGGAGGCGGGUCCGAACGCGACGCCUUGGCGCCCCUCCCUCCCGCCGCCAACCCGUGGCCCAUGGGAGGGCAGCCGUUCCCCUACCCCGCCUUCCCGCCCGGGUACUCCAACCCGUGCCACAGUUUCCACAGCGGGAGCGCCGGCAGCCAGCACAGUGAGGGAAGCCGCAGCAGCGGAUCGGGCAAGGGGAGGCGUUCGUCGCCGCAGGAGAAGUUUCCCAAGUCGACAUGCAGCGAGUCGGAGGCGGGCGUGCGGGGGGGCCGGCGCAGCCAGAUGAGCCAUCGCAGCCACGCCCGAUCCAGUCACAGCCAGUCGCACCGCGCCUCCUUCGCCUGCGGCCACGCGCCCUUUGGCCAGCAGCAGCAGCAGCAGCAGCAGGGGGCGGGCUCGUGCGCCCGCAGCGAACGAAGCCAGGCGUCGUCCUACGGCCCGCCCGGCUUGCCGCCGCCGUACUGCCUGGCGCGCCUGGCCCCGAAGGCUCCGGUCAGGGGCGGCGGCGCGCCGCCGGGGGCCCCUCCCGGGCGAGAGCUGGCCGCCUUUCCCCCCGAGCUCACCGCCAGCCGCCAAUCCCUGCAGCACGCGAUGGGCAACCCCUGCGAGUUCUUUGUCGACAUCAUGUGACGCGGAGACUGGCCGGAGCCUCCGCAAAGGAUGACGGGAAAUUGUGCGUGCGGGCGGGCGGGCGGGGGAGGCUCGCGACUUGUACAGUUUGUCAUGUGUUGAUUUGAAUCUCGAAAGCGGCCAAACGGAACCUUCGUCGGUCCCGCCUCGGGUGCCAGACCUGAAGAUCUUCAAGCUUAGCUGGGCCUGGAAUUCAAUCCCCAGACCGUCAACCUUUCGCGCUUCUUUUUUUUUUUUUUUUUUUUUUCCGCGGUCUGGACUGACGAACACUUUUGACUUGUUGUCUGCCCCCCCCCCCCCCUCCC